AUGAGGGUCUUGAGCAAUUUUGUUGUGGCGGUUUUUGGGCAAUGCGAUCUUUUCCCAGUUGAUUACGGUUUCGGCGAGUCGAUCUACCACCGAGCGGAGUACUUUCUCCGAAAUCGCUGCCACCGAACCCUCAAUGACGGCGAUUACCACAAGUUCGGCGCCCUCACUGAUUUCGCUCUCGGCGGAACUGGCUACUACAGAGCGACUGGAUUGAAGGGAAAGGUCGACAAUUUGCUCAAUUUGCCACUGACUUGGGAGGAGACAAUGAAGAAGAAGUAUUCUGUUGGAGUCAUCACUGGCUUUCAAUCGCCGUUUGUAGAGAUGGGCAAAGUGUUUGAGCUCAACUCUGCCUCUGUCGCCGGUUUCGUCAAUGGUAUAAUUUGGACCGAUCAUGCGUUAAAAUCAUACCGAGAAAAAUCUGAGUGGGACAUCAUGAGCGAUUUCGAAAUGACAAAUUUGCUGGAUGAAGCUGUUGACGAUAUGUACGCCCAGUUUGAGUCGAUUUUCCGAGGAGGCUUUCUUGAUCCUCAAGAAUUGACGAUUCAUUACGCCCAAAUUUUGCUGAACGGGUACUGGCUCGUCACAACUGAUGGUGUUCUUGGUCUUAUUGAAUUUGUGGCAUUUCUCGGCGAUAAGUUUUUCUCCUGGCUUCCCUCAAUUAUGACCGCAAACAUCUACGAGCUAAUCAUCAUCGUCGAGGAAAUCAUUGUCUCCAUCCAAAAUUUAGUCAAUUUCUUCAUGACAACAGAUACGAUCGGUGAUUUCUUCCCGAAGAUUCAUGAUCUGUUCUCUGGUUUCCAUCGCUUUUUCAGAAAAUCUGUCCUUUCUCUUAUCGAUUUGCAAGUUUUGGCGAAAGAAAACAACAAAAACUUCCGACAAUACGGGCUUUAUGGAACAGAAUGUGAGCCCUUCGCGGCAUUCCUCUGCCCUAUUCAAACAGCUUUUCCAGCUUUGGAAGAUGCGAUUAUUUUCAUCAAUGAUCUUUAUGAGUCGUUUUUCCUCAUCGUUGUUGAUUUCACCGAGCUGAUCCUUGCGCGAGAUUUCAUCGACUUUUUGGACUCGGUUUUCGUGACCGUCACUAUGACAACUUGGAUCGCCGCUUUCCCGAUGAGAUUUUAUGAAGAAGCAAUUUUAAAAAUUCCAGCGCUUUUUGAGACAGCUACAGCAACUCCAACAGUAACAACCACUGCAUCGAUCGCUACAACAACAGCUUUAGCAACAACUACUGUUUUAUAA